CGCUCGUUUGUUUACAUACCACCAAGCUACAGUAUUGUUGUUGUUCCGCUCGCUUUCCCACAAAGCCUUAACUAAUCCAUUUCGUCUUAAACCUCAAUGGAAUCGUUCGAAAUUUGUCGAGUUUGCAUGGAAGAAGUUAAACACGUUUGGCCAUUGUUUGAGCACUGUGCCAAGACUCCGCCGGAGCUAACGCCAGCGACACUAAUCAGCGAAUGCGCGGGUAUUGCAAUCGAUCCAAACGAUGGACUGCCCGACCUGGUGUGCGAUAGUUGUCUUGAAGCGAUGGCGAUAGCUUACACUAUCAGGCAGAAAUGCAUUUCCUCGGACAGAAAGCUGCGGAAAAUACUGCUCCGUAGUAACGCAUGCAGUGUACCACAAGAGGUGAAACAGCUGGAACAUUCUACAGACGAAACCGUGGAAAGUGAUCGAGAGUCCGAAUCAUGCGAGGCGAACGCAGUCAAUGAAAGUUUAGCGAAUGAAAAGGAGUCUAGUGGGGCGGACGAGGACUCAACAUUAGAAAACGCAAUCGAAAUUACGUUGAAGGAAGAAUUAGCUCCUGCGUACUUUGACGAGGAAUACCUAAUCGAAGCCACUUACACAGAGCUCCCCGAAGAUGGUGACGAUGCAGAGCAACACAUCGCGGAAGAUGGAUCUAAUGAUGAGAAGCUUGAAUUGGCAGAUCUAGAACAAUAUCCACAGCACGAUGUGGAGAAACUGUUUACCUGUGAAAUAUGCGAGAAGCGUUUCACGACCAAGGGCAAUAUGAAAGCUCACGCGCUGCUGCACAGCAACCACAAACCGUUUAGCUGUGAGCUGUGCGGGGCAACGUUUGCCAAAAAGCAUAACUACAACAUGCACACGAUGCGUCACGCCGGCAAUCGAACCUACCCGUGUCCGGUGUGUGAAAAGUCGUUCGUGUGUGCGGUGAAUUUGAAGAACCACAUGCGCAUACACUCGAGCGUAAAGCCGUUUCAGUGUGAUUACUGUAGCAGAGAGUUUUGUCACCGAACGGACAAGGCACGCCAUGAAGUUUCGCACACCGGUGAAUAUCCUUAUGGGUGUGAGAAGUGCCAGCGCAAGUUUUCCCGAAAUACGAGCCUCACCAAACAUCUGGUAAAAUGCAACGGAUCGAAAUCGAAACAUCCCAAUGGGAAAAGAAAGUCAAAAAUAGAACAACAUACCGAAUAAUAAAAAGAAAACAAAUACGUUUAGUAUCGUAUCAUGAACGAACAUCAAUUAAUUUUGAAGGGAAAAUAUCACGUGAAACAGGAAAAUCGAUGUUAAUUUUUCAACAAAUGAGGGGCUAAUUGAACGCAAAUGCUGCAGUCUGCGCACUAUCCCAACUGUCACCAUCGAUUCGAUGAAUUUCCCAUGCGAUGUUUUUUCCCCCACCUCCUGUCAAACGCAUAAUGCGGUCCGCGCCGUCCUACCGUUUUACCGAGCCGAAUGGAAAAUAAUAACAUUCAAACCGUUAAGCUGAAAGGACGUGUCUGGUUCGUUCGGUGCACUCAUUGUGUUUUUAUUGUGUGUCUAUUGUUAUUAAACGUUAUCGUUCUUUAUUAAACUUGUGUGUUAGGUACGUACCAUCCUGAAAAAAACGUUGACUGUACAAAGUGUAUGCAAGAUUUCCGUAAAGUUGGGUUCAUUGUUCUCCAUUUGCCGAAAGCUGCUCAGCGUAGCAUGCGGUGUAUGGUAGAGAAGUGAAAAGCAAACAAAACGAAACAUCUGCAUCAGCUGGGUCAUCAUUUUGCAAACCAAACGCUUAGAGCACGUUUCUUGUGGAAUGUAACCGAAGAUUCGGUUGGAGAUUGGUGAAUUUUAAGUUAUCGUUGCUAAUUGUUUAAACAAAUUAUAAAUCGCCGUCGUAGAUUCGCGUGCGU